AGCAAUGGGUUCUCUCUCACGAUCCUCCGUCACAGUGACUGCUCCCAGAAAGAUGACCUUUGAUGAUCUUCUCAUCGAGGCCGGGGGAUUUGGACGAUUUCAGGUCAUAGUUUUAUUGAUUCUUUGCAUCCCUCGUCUUAUCAUCCCUCUCCACUUUCUACAACAUGUCUUCAUCUCAGCUGUACCACCCCACCACUGUGCCAUCUCUACGCAAAGGAACCCUGGGAACCUGAGUCAAGAGGACCUUCUCUUUAUCAACAUCCCCCAAGAACAAGAUGGGACCUUCAGCUCUUGUAAGAUGUAUUCCCAGCCGCAGCCUUACCUGAUCCUCAACAGAUCCCAGGAGACCGUCAAUGGAUCUGGUGUGCAGAGUUGUGAUCAAGGCUGGGAAUAUGACCUGUCCACCAUCUCCUCCACCACCGUCACUCAGUGGGAUCUGGUUUGUAGCCGUAGAGGGUUGAGUAAAGCUGUGGCCACUAUAUUCUUUAUUGGUGUAACACUGGGCGCUGUCAUUUUUGGAUACUUAUCUGACCGAUAUGGUCGCAGAGUGAUGAUUUUGGUCUCCAUAUUCCUGGCAAUGGCGUUCGGGGGAUUAUCUGCAGGUUCUAUAUCAUAUCCCAUGCUUGCUGUCAGUAUGGCCCUCUCUGGAUCAGUUUUUGCAGGACUAAGUAACAAUAUAAUUGCCUUAAGUGUGGAGUGGGUGGACGUACGGCAUCGCACAGACGCUACAAUAAUUACCGGCUUCUGCUGGUCUAUCGGGAGCUGUGUUCUGGCACUGCUGGCGUAUCUGCUGAGAGACUGGCGUUGGCUGACAGUGGCCAUCAAUGCCCCCCUUUUCCUGGCCAUUAUCACCAUCUGGUGGAUUCCAGAAUCUGCGCGCUGGCUGCUGACCAAGGGUCGUGCUAAGAAGGCUGAAGCUGUGCUAAUGCGAUGUGCAGCAGUGAACGGUUGCAAUUUAGAUGCAUUCAGGAAGAACAGCGAGAGCAUCCAGGCGCUGGCGGAGGCCGGACCUUCAUCCCAGACCUAUUCCUACAUCGACCUGUUCCGAACGCCGCGACUCCGGAGGAUCUCUUUGUGUUCCGGACUGGUGUGGUUUGCUGUGGCGUUCUCGUAUUAUGGCAUCAUCCUCGGCGUUUCUGGCUUUGGAUUCGACCUCUAUCUCACACAUUUCCUCUACUCCCUGGUGGAAUUUCCCGGCAAGCUGGCCAUGUAUUUCCUCAUGAACCACAUUGGACGCCGCUGGUCACUGUUCCUCACCAUGCUCAUGACCGGAGUUUGCAUCGGAGUGUCUGCUGGGACCCCGCUAUCACUGGCGCCGUUCCGCACCGCAGUGGCCAUUAUUGGAAAAGGAUUUUCUGAAGCCGCAUUCACGGGGCUCAUCCUGUACACAGCCGAGCUCUACCCCACCGUGAUCAGGCAGAACGGCAUCGGAUACACUUCCUUUGUGGGACGAAUUGGGGCCUCUGUGGCCCCUUUGAUGCUCCUUCUGGAUGACAUCUGGCACCUCCUUCCCAAGACUAUAUUCUGUGUCACCGCUGUGGCUUGUAGCCUCGUGGCCGGUCUACUGCCAGAGACCAUAAAUGUGCCUUUACCCGAGACCAUCCAGGAUGUUGAAAGUAAAAGGGACUCCAAGCAGCUGAAGAAUGGGGACACCCCACUCACCGAACUGCCACCAAGAAGCACCGGUUGA